AUGAAUGUGCUGAAGAAGAUUUACUGUAUUUUAUUUUUUAAGGCUUUGAGAGUUUAUCCAUUUGAGUGUAUUAUAUUUAAUGAUAUUGAUACAUAUCCAGAGAAUGACAAUCUUUUAUAUAGAUGCUCAACAGAUCCGAAAUAUACUAGACAUUUUAGUGUUUAUAUGGAACGGACUGGCUAUAAAGAGUUAUAUCCCGAAUUUGUUGGCGGCGUUCUCGCGCUAACUGUAGAACAACUCAGAAAAGUUAAUGGAUAUUCAAAUGAUUUUUGGGGAUGGGGUCAAGAGGAUGAUGAUUUAAAUAAGAGGUAUUUUAAUUAG